AUGACCCGUUCUGUGAUGUUGGUGACAAGGGUUAAUCCAAAGCUGUUUGGAGGUAACCUGUUCUUGAACUCCAUGCAAGGAACUAGAUUCUUUUUUUGUACUGCAUUAUUUCAGAGCUCAAACGGUGUGGAGGAUGUUCUCCCAAGUUGUCUUGAGGACCUAACAGGGAGGGAGUUUGUGUUUCAGAUCCGGGUCACAUCUUUCAACUUCACUCCCAACCAACGUACAUUUACGGUCUCAACUCUCACUGAAGAUGCUACCAUGGAGAACCAUGACCAGGAACAUGGAAGGAGCAUUCUUUCAGGCAGCGCAGGAGACGCAGAAUCGGGGACUUCGUCUUCGGAGCCGUCUUCUUUGGGGCUCAAGGGUGGUGAGGAGUUUGCUGGAGAGGAUCCUCCAGAGAUUUCUGUUGGCCACAAGAAACGCAAGCGUGGUAGGGAGUGA